ACACUAUGGUUGAACUGCUCCACAGUCUUGGUUCGUCCUCCGUGCCGCGUUUAUAUAGUAGUUAAAUGUUGUUAAUAUUUCUUUACAAAUAUACACGUGUACAUAUAUAUGCACAUAACAAAUAAUUAUUCGAAAUAUAAAUAAAAUAAAAUAUUUUCUAAGUGAUAGUUAUAAUUCAUUAUAUUUAUUUAUUUAAAUCGUGAAUUAUCUUAUUCUAUAAUUGGUGAUAAAAUCUUGAUCGAUAAGAUUGUUGUCAUUUCAAUUGAAGAUUACGAAAUUGAAUUAAAAAGAAAACAAAAUAAAUUUACAAAUAAGAAAAAGAGGUUUACGUGAUGAAGGAAAAGAUUAAAAGAAAGAAGAAACUUAAGAAAGUAAAAAAAAUGAAUUAGAACUUGGAAAGUUUUCGAAUACCGGUACAAGUGAUCGACGGAAAACGAUCGAUGGAAACGAGCGCAGAAAGCGCCUUUCACAAAUUUUAUUAUACACGAAAUUUCAAAUUAUCGUGGAUAAAGAAAAAAAAAGAAGAAGAAGAGGAAGAGGAAGAAGAAGAAGAAGAAGAAGAAGAGGAAGAGGAAGAAGAAGGGAACCAAAUUCAAAAUUUGUUAAUUAACAUGAAUCUUCGAACCCCAUCAUUUACGAUGUUUUAUCGUUAAGUUGAAAUUAUGGGAAAAAUAAUAGCAAAGUACAAGAAGAGUUUGAACAAAAAGAAAGAAAAAACUAUAAUUAUUUAUUAUAGUCUCGUCUUAAUAUAAAAAAAAUAUUCCAAACUUUGUUGCCCCAUUUCAAGAUGGCGACAAAAAGGAACAGUGAUUCAAAUUUAAAUGCAGUUUAUACCCGAAUGAUUUAGUUCAAUGAACAAAUCCUGAACUAUAGGAUAAAGUAAAAUUAAAUCGAAGGAAUAGAUAAAAAAAUAUUAUUAAUAUAUUUUUAUAUAUAUAUAUAUAUAUAUAUGAUAUAGUUUGGAAUUUGAUAAGAAUUCGAAUUAACGACAGCUAAUAAGAAGAUAACUAACAGAGAGAUUUAUUUUUCAAAUCUUGAUCGGUUAUCAUCGUAAGAUGACAGAAAGUUUUAUUAGAUUUAGAUUGAUAUAUUUGAUAAAUAUUUAUUAUUAACGAUGGAUACCAACGACAACGGCGUUUGGAUUUUUGGAUAUGGUUCUCUUUGCUGGAAUCCUGGUUUUGAAUAUUGUAAAAGUACAACUGGUUUUGUCAAAGGAUAUACCAGAAGAUUUUGGCAAGGAAAUACUACGCAUCGUGGUACAACAGAAAAGCCUGGUCGAGUUGCUACUUUGGUAGAACAAAAAGAGGGUAUUGUUUAUGGUAGAGUUUUUCAAGUAUCAGACAGUACUGCAUUACCGUAUUUACAAAAAAGAGAAUGUUCUUUGGGCGGAUAUUUGACUAUUAUUUCGACGUUUCACACUCGUGAUGAUAGCAAAACCUUUCCGGCAAUUAUUUAUAUAGCCACUAAAGAGAAUCAACAUUGGCUUGGGGAAGCACCGCUACGCACUAUAGCGAAACAGAUUACAGAGUGUUCAGGACCAAGUGGACAUAACGUUGAAUAUCUCUUACGAUUGGCCGAUUUUAUGCAUAGUUAUAUUCCUGAAGCCCAAGACGAACAUCUUUUUACAUUAGAAUUGUUCGUAAGAUCGAUUAUAAAGGAUCAAAAUAUGUGUUUAAAUACUCUUAUGGGAAAUAGAGAAUUUGUAAUCGACCUUGAAAAUACCGAACAAGGUCAGUUGGAGGCUGAUCGUGAUAAUGCGAAUGUUCAUAAUGGUGUCAAUCGUGCUACGGAAAACUCUUUCCAAUAUGCAUCUAGAAUUCCUCAGACAUUGCGUUGUCUUAAAAUGUAAUAGCCAAUUAUGUUAGAGAAUUAUUUUAUUUUACGAUUUAAUAUUAAUCAAAUCAUUUCAAAUCUAAAACAUCUCUUUCUUUCUUUUGCUAUGCUAAGAUAACGAGAAAGUAAGAAAAAUAGUUAGAUUUGAUAAUAGUUAUUUCUAUACUUUCAAUGAACAAUUAUAUUUAUUUCUUUGAACAAGAUGUAACAAAAGUACACCGUAAAAAUCAUUUUUUUUCGUAAUUUCGUUACACUUUGUAUACAAAAAGUGACUGUUCUUUUUAUUUAAACAAGCGCUGGACACUUUUGUUUUAUAAAUUUGUACAUAAAUAUUAUUUAGUUAUUAAA